GCGGUUCUCACAAGCAGGGAUUUUACACAGCAACUCAGGACGAACGAAAUGAGCUGCCCCAGAGCCGCUACAAAAUGCUGGAUGGACACCUUCUCCUGGGAUGGUUAUCAUUUACCAUUAUAGUGCAUCUGAUCAGCCUGCCCGGACCGAGCACGGCUUACUUCGGGCUGACAGGUAAUGAACCCCUGUCUAUUCUGCCACUGACCUCACAGCCAGACGAAAGGGCGGGAAAAUCGCACUACAAGCUGUGUGAUCGACUCAAACUGGAGAAGAAACAGCGCAGAAUGUGCCGACGGGACCCUGGCGUGGCCGAGACUCUGAUGGAGGCGAUCAGCAUGAGUGCUUUAGAGUGCCAGUACCAGUUUCGAUUUGAAAGAUGGAACUGCACGCUGGAGGGCCGAUACAGGGCUAACAUUUUAAAGAGAGGCUUCAAGGAGACGGCGUUCCUCUAUGCCAUCUCUUCAGCAGGCCUGACCCACGCCAUGGCCAAAGCCUGCAGUGCUGGCCGAAUGGAGCGAUGUACCUGUGACGAGGCUCCGGACCUGGAGAACCGCAAGGCUUGGCAGUGGGGAGGCUGUGGGGACAACCUCAAAUACAGCAACAAAUUUGUUAAAGACUUCCUGGGUAAGAGGUCCAACAAGGACCUCCGUGCCCGGAUAGACAUGCACAACAGCAAUGUAGGAAUGAAGGUGAUCAAGACAGGAGUCGAGACCACCUGUAAGUGCCAUGGCGUUUCUGGCUCGUGCACCGUGCAGACAUGCUGGAGGCAGCUGGCGCCCUUCCACGAAAUUGGCAAGCAGCUCAAACAGCGAUACGAGACGUCAGUCAAGGUGGCGAGUUCCACCAACGAGGCCACCGGGGAGGGGGAGAUCUCCCAGAGUCGAUCCCAGAGCCAGCAGCCUCCCCAGCCGGACAUCCCCCGCACCCCAGAUCUGCUUCACAUCGAGGACUCGCCCAGCUUCUGCAGGCCGAGCAAGUAUUCAGCGGGCACGUUGGCUCGUAAAUGCUACAAGGACAAGAACUGCGAGGCCAUCUGCUGCGGCAGGGGACACAACACCCAGAGCCGGGUGGUGACCAGACCGUGCCAGUGCCAGGUGCGCUGGUGCUGCUAUGUGGAAUGCAAACAGUGCACACAAAAAGAAGAGGUUUACACCUGUAAGGGGUAAUAAAACGAAGCAUCGUGACCGUGCAGAAUAUCUCUCAGCAAUGAAUGAGCGCUAAGCAAAAAGAGAGAAGUCCUGGUUUGGGGAAAGAUCUCAAAGGCUUCAACCUACUUAACAGACGAAAGCACUUUUUUUUGAGGGCCUUUUUUUCUCCAUGUGGAGCAAGUGGGAAAGGUGUAGCUGUAUAAUAUACAGUAGCAAACCUAGGGGAAUGAUCUACGGCUUUCUUUGAGAGACAUUUUGAAUGAAAUCAUUCAUCGGCCAAGAUAUACGUCGGCAAUGAAGUCCAGUCUUGGAUGGAUAAUUGUCGACAGAGUUAUUGCUUGACAAGUUUGUUUAAAGGUAUGUGUUUGUAUGUGAUUUAAUUCCAAACGAAUUAAAGCCUCAUUCACACUGCCAGCGACUUUGAAGCUGCCUUUCGCCCUGUGUGUGGCGAUUGAAGUCGCUAGUGGGUGUUCCCAACUUGAAGUUGCUAUGGUAACAUUUACGAUGACGUUUGUCGAUUUGUUGCCACUGAAAAUACAAAUUUUGGAGGACAAACACUAAAUAUAAAAAGUAUCAGUACACAACACGCUUAAUUUUUAGUCAUUUAGCAGACGAUUUUAUCCAAAGCUAAUUUCCAAAGCUAGCUUUAAAUCCAAGCUAAUUACAAAGACGAUGUGUGUCGUUGUGGCUAUUUAUCCGCGACAAACGUCGAUCUGUGAACGGAGAAUACAACCGGAUCACGUGAGCUCUAUUGAUGCUCCUAUUGGAUGUCGGUCAUGAGAGUUGCAUUCAGAAUCGUUUUCGUUAUGCCGGGUUCAAACCAAACAUGGAAUUUGCAAGAGUAGGUUUGAUACAAAGGCAAUGCAAAUGCAUGAACAUAGGCAAAUAGCGUCAUGCUACUCGAACACACUACUCGAUGCAUCUGCAAGUCUUUUUUGGUGCACGCGGCAAUUGUACCAUCAUCUCGGUGUUCGUGACAUUAUUUAGUGCAGGGCAUUUUUGUAAAGCAAAAGCACACAGUUAACUUAGAUAUGUAUAAUAUAACCUAAAUGACACAUUGAUACUGUAUUAAAAAGUUUCCUCCGAAUGUUUCUUCAACCUGUUCAUUUUGUAUAUGGUUAAAUUCCGUCAUUUAUCAACUCCACUCGCUGACUUCUUCUUCACUGCUGUUUCGUCAUGGCAGUAACUCAGAGUCGCCCCUGUUGUUACGAAUAAUAGUACAACAGCAAACACAUCAAGUAUCCGCUUGUUAAGUCGUGACGUAUGAAAUACUGUUUCCGGAUCCAAGCCGCUACUCAUUUGAAUUGAGAAAAUAUUUGUUUGACACCUUUUUUAGUCAUAUCACACAUUAAAGUGAAUUUUAUAUAAAAUCAUGGUGUACUAAACAGUCUCUGGACUUGCUGCAUCACAGACACCAAUAUUUUACCAAUUCAGAAAAAAAUUAUCACUUUCUGGCUAUCUAAUAUUAGACAUGGAUGUGAAGAGUUCAUAUGCAAAAACCUCUUAAUGCCAUCUGAAAAAUUCUUCUAAAAUGAACAUUUUUACCAGGCUCCUUUGUGUAGGUUCAGGAAAUUUCACUUUUAUGGCAAAAAUAAGGUGUUUUCAUGGCUUUACAGUCAAAUAACUCAACAUAAAACAUAGAAGGCUGAGAAAAAUGCUAAUUUUCCCAAAAAACUUAGAGGUUUUAGCAUCUA